UUACACAUUUCUUCCUGUACUUCAGUCCAGUCCGCAGGAAUUUUAUACGAGAGGUGAUCGUGCAGGGAUCGCGCAUGGCACCGUAAUGAAUGAAUUCGUCAUAUAGAUACUUUGAAUUUCGUUCAGUUCGUUAUCGCAGCUGAGGUGUUGGGCCGAACUUUUCUAGGAUUGUUUCACGUGUUUCGAUUGCCGGAUCCAGUAUUCAAUCAGUGCUCGUCGCUCUGGAAUAUUUUGACACCAGAAAGAGAAUGAAAUGUUCUUGAAGACUGAUUGUGGUUAUCCCAUGAAGAUGAAACAUGAAAUACUCACUUACUUAUCUCAUUUUUAUGAUGGCGUGCAGUGCAGUAUGUUCUUCGCCAAUGAUAGAAAAUGAUAGGAGGGUGCGUUAUGAAGAAUACGUCAUAGAGCAUGAAAUUUCAGCGACCCAAGCGAAGAAUUCAGCUCUAACGAUCGCCUUAACUUCUUUUGCCUCCUCUCCAGGUUGCCAGAAUUGUACUGAUGAAGAAAUUCGUUAUUGUUCUGGAUCCGAUUUGAUUAAUGACCAUUGUUGCUGUGAUAAACGUUUUUCUGAAUCGCUGCCUUUCAUCCCACAUACAUGUUAUUCGGGUACGACGCUCUGCAGAACAAUAGCAGCGGAUUGUGAAGAAUAUUAUAGGAGGAAGUUAUGCUGCUGUGACAGACAUGUUUUGAGAUUGUGGAAACAAAAACUGAUGAAAAGGAACAACUCUACUCGAAGUGAAUUUAGAUUUCAUUCGCUUCACCUCAUGUUCUUGAAUAUAUUAUUUUUAAUUUAUUAUCCAAAGAUUCUUAUUUGAUGUAUUUUGUUAGUACGUAUUAAAAUUAACAGUAUUAUUUGACCUUAAAAUGUUUUAAAUUAUUUGUUAAUUCAUUGUUACAUAAAUGAAUAAAUGUUCGAUAUUCUA